AGCUGCUAGCAGAGCUAGCUUGUUGUUGUUGUUCCUUUGGCCUCUCUGAGAAACGCGCUCGUUUUGCUGCUUUCAUCAGAUUGAAGAGGUUCCCUCUAUCAGACUCGCUCAUCUGAGUUGGUCAUGAUGCAGGAUCGCUGCUCGCUCUCUCAUCCAUCCUGCUCACACUCUCCGACGGAAAAGCCCCGAAUCUGAAUGUGACUCUGGAGGAAAAAGCGGUUAGCUCUACUCCGUGAACUCUGCUGUUAGCUAAACACGGCUAAAGAAAACCUGCUACCACUUCAGGAUCAUCCAUCAGCAUGGACACAGAUGUUCAACAGCUGGUGCUGGUUAAAGAAGAAGCUCCUGGUGAGGACCAGCAGGACCCAGAACACCUCCACAUAAAGGAGGAACAGGAGGAACUCUGGACCAGUCUGGAGGGAGAGCAGCUCCAUCUGAAGGAGGAGACUGAUGCUGCCAGGUUUCCAGUCACUGUAGUUACUAUAAAGAGUGAGGAUGAUGAAGAGAAACCUUUGGUCUCACAGCUUCAUCAGCAGCAGAUAGAAGACAGAGAUGUUCCAACCAGCAGCUCAGCUGACCAGAUGACAGCAGGAACUGGUGGAGGAGCAGGAUCUAGCAGGAACCCAGAUCUGAACCCUCAUGAACAAUCAUCUGAUUCUUCAGAGACUGGCGUUAGUGGAGAUGAUGAAGAGGAUGAUGAUGAUGUGAAUCUAGACUCUGAGCGGUUAGACCCUGGGUCUGGAGAUGGAGACUGGAAUGAGAGCAGAUCUUCUGAGUCAGAUGAUGUUCAACAGCUGGUGCUGGUUAAAGAAGCUCCUGGUGAGGACCAGCAAGACCCAGAACACCUCCACAUAAAGGAGGAACAGGAGGAACUCUGGACCAGUCUGGAGGGAGAGCAGCUCCAUCUGAAGGAGGAGACUGAUGCUGCCAGGUUCCCAGUCACUGUAGUUACUAUAAAGAGUGAGGAUGAUGAAGAGAAACCUCUGGUCUCACAGCUUCAUCAGCAGCAGAUAGAAGACAGAGAUGUUUCACCCAGCAGCUCAGCUGACCAGAUGACAGCAGAAACUGGUGGAGGACCAGAAGUUAGCAGGAACCCAGAUCUGAACCCCCAUGAACAAACAUCUGAUUCUUCAGAGACUGACGUUAGCGAUGAUGAAGAGGAUGAUGUGAAUCUAGACUCUGAGCAGUCAGAUUUUGGGCCCGAAACUGAAAAUAGAGAUAAUGACUGGAGUGCGAGCAAGUCUUCUGAGUCAGAUGUUAAGGCUGUCAACAAGGCCUUUAGCUGCCCUGAGUGUGGUAAACAGUUUAUUCACAAGAGCUCUCUCCAGAAACAUGUGAGAGUGACAGGUCAUUCAGCAACAAGUUCUUCAGUCGGUCUGGUUAAUAAAAAAUGUGUUAGAGAGAAUCAACAUGUAGACUCAAGCAGGAAAGUCCAGAAAGAACUAAAAUCAUUUAGUUGUGAUGACUGUGGAAAAACAUUUGAUAGAAAAUCCUAUUUAACCAAACAUGUGAUUGUCCACACAGGACAGAAACCUUUUGCCUGCGAACUUUGUGUAAAAACAUUUAGAUUUAAGACAAAUUUAAGCAGACACAUGAGAGUCCACACAGGCCAGAAGCCUUUUGCUUGUGAACUUUGUGAUCAAAGAUUUAGUCACAAAACAUCUUUAAACAGUCACAUGAAUAUCCACACAGGACAGAAGCCUUUUGCUUGUGAGCUUUGUGGUCAAAGAUUUAGCUAUAAGAUAAGUUUAGACAGUCACAUGAAUAUCCACACAGGAAAGAAGCCUUUUGCUUGUGGGCACUGUGGACAACAGUUUACCCGUAAAACAACUUUAAACAAUCACAUGAAUAUCCACACAGGACAGAAGCCUUUUGCUUGUGGGCACUGUAAACAACAGUUUAGCCGUAAAAAAACUUUAAACAAUCAUCUGAGUGUCCACACAGGACAGAAGCCUUUUUCCUGUGGGCUGUGUGGACAACAGUUUACCCGUAAAACAACUUUAAACAAUCACAUGACUAUCCAUGCAGGGCAGAAGCCUUUUGCUUGUGGGCACUGUGGACAACAGUUUACCCGUAAAACAACUUUAAACAAUCACAUGACUAUCCAUGCAGGACAGAAGCCUUUUGCUUGAGAGAUUUGUGGACAAAGAUUUAGCCAGAAGAUACAUUUAAUUGGUCAUAUGAGUGUCCACACAGGACAGAAAAUUUUUGCCUGUGAGUUUUGUGUAAAAAAAUUUGUUUUAAAACAAAUUUAAAAAGACACAUGAGAAUCCACACAGGCCAGAAUCUUUUUGCAUGUGAGCUUUGUGGUCAAAGAUUUAGAGAGAAAACAACUUUAAGCAGUCACACAAGUGUUCACAUAGGACAGAAUCCUUCUGCUUGAGAGCGCUCAAAGAUUUUGCCAAAAGACAUCUUUAAACAGACACAUUGGUGCCCACUUGGGUUGGACGAUCUAUUGUUCUCUGAUAAAAUUGCUCCUCUAGAACCCAGGAGUUCGUGCAUGAGCAAAUGACUGUUUAUGUUGUGAAGCACUUUGGGGGGUUAUGGAACCCUAAAAGGUGCUACAUCAUACACAGGCCAGAUAUUGGUGGUAUAGCUUGCUUUUGUAAGAAAAAUAAACAACCAGAUGGCCCAGAAAAUGUCCAAGCAUCCAUUCUUGGUAUAACAUUAGGUGUGUUUCCAUUGUCGGAACUUCAGUGUAAUCAGGGAAUGAGAAAUUUGACAUUGCUGUUGUUACCAUACAAAUUCAACCUUCUGGGACAGCAGUAGCUCAGGAGGUAGAGCGGGUUGUCCAGUAAUCGGAAGGUUGCCGUUUCAAUCCCGGCUCCGACCAGAGAAUUCUGCUGUUGUGUCUUUGGGCAAGACACUUAACCUGCCUUGCCUCCUGGUGGUGGUCAGAGGGACCGGUGGUGCCUGUGCUCGGCAGCCUCGCCUGUCAGUGCGCUGUAGCUGUAGCUACAUCAUAGCUCAUCCCCACCAGAGCGUGAAUGGGUGUGUGAAUGAGUGAAUGACUGAUUGUGUUGUGAAGUGCUUGGUGGGGUUGUAGAACCCUAAUAUGGGGUUAGACCCGUGCCAAAAAAAUCACAAAAAAUAUAAUUUUAUAUGGUUAAAACCAUCUAGCUUAUGUGCGCUUUUUAAAACACUGCCCAGCAAACAUUCGGACGUUUAAUGACAGUUGAACGGUCACAACUGUAAAAUAAUAUCACAGGAAUUAGGAAAAAAUAGCAUAACACCUACUCUAUUUUCCUUGCCAGGACUCGAACCUGGAUCCUCCGGGGGGAGAGUCACCCGCUCUACUAGCUGAGCUAUGACAACAACUACUGAAUAUCAGAUUUUUUUAUAUAGCUCCCAUAAUUUUGGUCCGAUAGGAAGCCAAUGGGCCAGUGAGGUAGAGGGUAAAGUGCGGGCAAAACUAACCAAUCAGAGGACAGAAAAGAUCUGCCACAGGCCACGCCUCCAGAAUGCCAAAACCCCUAAACAACCGAGCGAGCGGAGUCAGAAACCGAGCGCGCAAAGAGGCUGCCGCGCGUGCACGUUUUCCUCUGCCAUGUGCUCGUUGGCAACGCGCGCACGCAGGCUUGUCACUUGUGCACAUCCUCGUGCGCUCACAGACACAGUUUGCUCCCUCUCAGUGCACAAAUGACCUCUCGCUGUGUAUAUUUUCACUCGCGAGUCCCAUUCACACGCGCGAUGUGGACCCGUGCGGUUUUGGCACAGGUCUAACCCCAUACCCUAACCCCAGUUUCACACUGCAAGCAUCAGUGGAACGGGACGGCAGCGGAACGGCUCACCCGCGAACUUCAAAGCGGUCCUUUUCACACCGGAAGAGUCUUGGCUACGGCACGGCUUCCUCGCUAACAGAGCCGGCACCAUAACCUAACCCUAACCCCCGUCUCACUGUACUCAUGAGAUUCUAAAAUCUCUCGAGACUUCCGACACCUUCCUCGCCAGACAACGAAUUCCCUCGAGAUUUCCGCCAUCCAUCCUCGUCGAGAGAUCACAAUCCCCGCGAUUUGCCAUCCAAGAGGAAACAAAGAGGAGAUCAUGUUUCUAUAACUUGCUGAGAAUCACACCGUUGCACUUCUCACAAGAAACUGGUGGUAAACAAAGCCAUUCUGUCACACGUGCUGACGUAAGUUAUAUGUAACAUAGCAAAGUUGCAUUUUAUUUUGAAAAUAACCAGGGAUUUUACUAGUUCACUAUGUGAACUGCGGAAAUUGACGUGUCCCAGAAGCGGCUCGCGGAAAAAAUAGAACUCGAUCCCAUCUGUAGCGGUGCGGCGCGGCAUGCCGCUUCUGGGAAGCGCCUGAAAAUUGCCGCGUCGCGGCUGGUUUGAAACACUCUUUAAACUAUAAUUGGAUUCUAUUUGAAGCGGUGCCGCUUCACUGCCGUUCUGUUCCACUGAUGCUUGCAGUGUGAAACUGGGGUAAAUCUUGGUUUAUGCUUGACGCGUCCGCGAGGUUUGCACAGCUCCGCGCGGCAAACUUAAGUCAUUUUAACAACCACGCCCCUCCACCGCGCCGCCGCACGGCCCCAACUUUCCGCAACGCGCACCUAGGAAAUUUUCUAACCAUGCGGACGGUCAGACGCUGAAAAACAUGGCGGACUGGCAAGAACUAGUAUGGCAGAGGUUCAUAAAUACAGACAUUUGUAUGAUUCAGCUCUCAAAAAUCACCGUGAUCAACAUGUUGUUAAUAAUUCUUGGAGAGAAAUAGCUCGCACUGUCGGAAAAGAUGAGGACGCUGUUAAAAAAAUGCUGGAAUGCCAUGUUGUAAACAACAUUAAUUUUUACUUCUACUAUGGUGUAGUGUUGGAUGCAUGCCGUAGAGCUCCAUGCUGCCCCCUACAGUUUGGGAGAAUAUUGGCUCACCGCAGAGACAAGCCGCAUGAACCAUAAACGCUGCAAGUUGUGAAGCGCGUUCCAUCCGCGAGCCGCAUCACCAAGCGGAAAGUAAAUGCGUCAAGCAUAAACCAAGCUUAAGAAGGCGCUAUACAAAUACAGGCCAUUUACCAUUCUCAGGAAUAUGCAGACGUCCGCAUAUUGCUACUGCUUUGGCAGUGAGUGAUGUUACUGAUCAGCACCAAAAAGCGUCCACAGUAACAUUAAAAGCUUCAUUCUGUUGAAAUACAGCAAUUUAAUGCAUGUAUAGGACAGAGAGCAGCUGUGUGAUGUAAAAUGCAGCCUUCAAUGCCUUUUUUAUGGCGCUCUGUGGCACAACAAAGCCAUGUGAAUUACGUUGUUUUGGGGGGGAUUUCUAUUGGGUUUGUCAGUGUUAGGAGUUAUAAUAGUGAUUUUAAAGCGGUGUAAAUGAUGCUCAUUUGCUUGUGCUUCCAUUUUGCCUCAUAAGCAACUCAUCUAAUUUCACUAAUGCUGGUUAUUUUGGACAGUGUUUGCUGAUGUAAUUCCUUACGGAGUUACAAUUUUACCGCGAGUUAACCAAAGGUUAGGUUUAGCUACUCCACUGAGCCUUUUGCAGUACCUACCCCUGUUCAGGUACUCUGAAAGUUCCCAAUGAUGGCCUGGAAAACGGCCCGGUGAAGUGGAGACCAGCGCAUGUCUGGAAGGUCCAACCCUGAAAUUCUAACGGUGAAUGCUGGGAAAACUCAUGCAUUGUUUUGUUAAUAAAUACAUUAGAAAGUAA